AUGUCCUCCGCGGUCUUUGUUUUCCUGCCGUCAUUCUUUAUCCUUAUUGCGUCGCCGACAGCAAUGCAGAACCUUCCUCACCGUCGCCGCAGCGAUGCUGGGGUUCAAGCCGCGUCGCAUGCACAAACCGUUCCCGCAGAUUCCCCCCCCAUCGACGCAACAGAAAGACCGACUGCAUCCUCCAAACCAGGCAACAACAGCGCGCAUACGCUUUCUGACGAUUUCUUCCCUCCUUCUGACUGUUCCACUUCCAACUCUUUGAACCGCCCUCUCACCGCGUCCUUCAUUAUCCAAGACAUACAAGCACGCCUAUCUAGACGAGAUUCCGGUGCUGAGUGGAACACAUAUCAAAUAACCUCAUCUGAGUGGGACAUCCUCCGAAGACUUCUUGAACGCCGUGGUGAUUGGGACAAAUUGCGAUGUGACUAUUUCUCCAAAACCCAAACCUUUGUUCAUCGAAUGCUUUCCCAUACCCAUGAAAUGACCUCCAGGGGCUUCGCUAUGCUACUCUAUAGAGGGCUAGCCUCGAUAUGCCGCGGUACACCAGGAAAAGAGCAGUUCAUGCUUAAAAUUAGGAGCUGUGGCUCCAGCGAUGUGGAUAGCGAACAAGACCCUGAUAUUCAUCAACCAGAUGAUUACUUCUCCUACCGCGACGAUUUAUCGUAUGGUCUUGCACUAGAGGUGGCAUAUUCGCAGAAGUCUGAACAGCUCGAGAAACUGGCUCAGUUCUACCUUUUCGAAACUUCGCUGAAUACUCAAAAGGUAAUUGGCAUCUCUAUUGACUAUGAUCGCUCCAAGAGAGUUACUUUGCACACUUGGCAACGCGACAAUUCUAAUACGACCACCGGUGAUCUACUUAGACACUAUUCUCAAGAAGUGCGAACCGAGACUGGCGCACGGGUCUCUGGUCCACCUCUACAAAUUUCUGUGUUCGACAUAGCACCACCAUCCUUCGUUCCGUCUUCACUCCAUGGCGCAACUAUUCAGAUCUCGCUUGAUGAACUCUGUGAUGAAAUCGAGCUAGGAGAGCUCACAACCGCGCAUCGUAAGAAGCUUGCUUCAGAGAAGGCACGACAAUCUCAGGGUUCGGAUGGCCUGGAUCGCGAUGAGGGUGACUCUUCUCAAGAAGGUGAAAGUGAAGACGACGCACUUACCGGGAAACUUGAUGAAGAAUUUGUUCUGAGCCGAGCCGGUUGUAAGGGCUCUGGGUUAGGUCGGUCUCCAAUCCGAGCCCGUAGCCGAACUGGCGGCGCUGUCAACAAUUGA